CAGUACAGAAGAACAGACACCAGCAUCGUCCAGUACAGAAGCUAUCAUGUUACAAAUACGUCGUCUAGAAGCCCAGGUAGCCGCACUGAAAAAAGACGAUAAAGAACUCAUGGAACAAAAAAUGACGGAGUUAUUGGGAAAAAUGUUUAGUCCAGGACAAAUACGGAUGAUAUUGAAUCCUUCAUUGCGGAAAAUAAAGUGGUCUUCUGAAGAUAUCGCACGUGCUAUAUCCUUGCGAUGUGUCAGCCCAAAGGCAUAUCGUUAUAUGAAGAAUGUUUUACUAAUAAAAAACCUGUAUAUUAAAUAUUUGCAUUUAUUGUUAUUUGAUCUUUUAUCUGCAUCUUUCCUCUGCAUAUAUAGUUCUUUAUGUCGUACGCCACAAUAUAUUUUUGUUUUGCGUCUCAGCUGACAAUUCUUUUCCAAUCGUUUUCCGACCAGUUUUGAUUAAAACUAAUAAUUCGCAGAAUUUUAAUAAUAAAUGACUGGAAAUUAAAA